GGUCUUUUUAAACUCUUAUCUAGUUUUAUUGUAUAACUAUUUUAUGAUAGAACUCAAAGUGAAAGCUUUUAAUUCAACAAACAAGUUUAACAGAGUAAGCAUACCUUACCAGACUAUUUUGGACAAUGGAAUUAUCUAGCAGAAAAUCUGACAAGUUUGAUACUUCAGAAACAAUUAAGGGAAGAAGUAGACAAGAUGCCAGUUUUAGAUCACAGUAAGUUGAAAGGUUACAGACAGUUAAGAUUGGCACAUCUUCAGUUAUCUAUGAUAUCGUCUGGUUAUAUAUGGCAGGAGGGAGACAAAGGAGUUCCUAAGGUAUUACCAGAAUGUGUUGCAGUGCCAUGGUAUAAAGUAUCAGAAGAGAUUGAUAUCAAACCUGUUGUUUGUCAUCCAGAUAUGGUACUGAGUAACUGGACACUUUUAGACCCACAGAAACCACGAACAUUAGAAAACCUGCAAUGUUUGUAUACUUUUCCUGGAGGCAUAGAUUCUAAUUGGUUUUUCAUGGUAACAGCUCGUAUGGAAUUUGACUUUGCCCCUGCUGUUAAGUAUAUAAUUGAAGCUAUUAAAGCUGCAGAUACAGAAGACACAGAAGCAUUGAUACAAAACUUGGUAUUAAUCAGACAAGUCAUUUUACAGAUGAAAGAAACACUCAAGAACAUGCACGAAUUGGUGUCUGCAGAAGUUUUCUAUGACACGCUACGUCCAUUUCUUUCUGGAUGGGGAGGAGAAGGAUCCCCAUUUCCAGAUGGCUUAAUUUAUGAAGGUAUAUCUGAAGAACCCAUACAGAUGUCUGGAGGAAGUGCAGCACAGAGUUCAACAUUACAGUGUUUAGAUGCAGCAUUUAGUGUACAACAUGAAACAAGUAUACAGACAUUCCUUUUAAAGAUGAGAGACCACAUGCCAAAUGCACACAAAAAGUUUAUAGAAACCAUAUCUGAAAAGUCUAAUAUCAGAAGUUAUGUUUUGAAAUCAGAUGAUGAAAGUCUCAAACAAUGUUUCAAUCAAGUUCUGGAGGCAAUGAUUGAUUUCAGAAGCUAUCAUCUGCAAGUAGUUACAAAGUAUGUUGUUAUAAUGUCCAACAGACAGACAAGGAACCAGGAUUAUGAGUCUUUAUCUAAAAAGGGAACAGGAGGAACCAGUUUACUUCCAUUCUUAAAGAGUAUACGACAGUCAACAACAGAGAAGCUGGUUGGACAAGGGAAUUAAAAUGUUAUGAUAGAAUGUUUCAGUUUCAGUGGCACAUUGUAUAAACGUUUGAUUCUCAUUAUCUUGACCAUGGACAAAUGCUAAAACAUUCACCAUUUGAUUCAACAGAAUAUUAUCAGUAUUUUGUGAAUAAUUAAAGGGACCAAACUUGAGAAUAGAAUAAUGAUUAAAUUCAUACAUUCAAAUUGACAACAAGUCAUCUUUUUUAAGAGAAAAUUUGUCUUUUCAGGCUCUAAUAGUAAUUAGCCUGCUUUUGUAAUAACAAUGCGUUUUAAAC